AUGGUCAACCAGUUUGCCCUGCGCGACCCGCGGUUCAUCGGGGGCAAGACCCUGCUGCAGUACUUUGCGGUGGCGGGGCAGUCCAUAUGGAUGAACAUCGCCAUAGUGUGGGCCUUCUUCGUGUUCUUCCUGCUGUGCACAUGGGUGGUGCUCUCUGUCAGCAAGUACGAGAAGCGAUGA